AUGGCUCGCAUUUCUGCUCUUCUCCUCUCGCUCCUUACAGGCCAGGCGUGUGCUCAUACCUUCAUUUGGGGUGUUUUCGUCAACGGCGUAGAUCAGGGUACAUUCAAGGGCGUCCGAAUUCCUGCGUACAAUGGCCAGAAUGGCAAGGGCGGCUACAACAAUUCGCCUGUCAAGGAUCUCGACUCCAUUGACAUGCGAUGCAACGUCAUGGGUGAUAUUCAAGCCCACGACACUAUCAAAGUUCAGCCUGGAGAUAACCUUACGUUCGACUGGCACCACGAGAUACGCAACGACACCGACGAUGUGAUCGCCAACUCACAUCACGGCCCUUCACUAAUUUAUAUCUCGCCUGAUCCACCUACAGAGAACUCAUUCGUCAAGCUUUGGCACUCCGGAAAAUACGAAAGCAAUCCCUUUCCACAAGCUGGCAAGUGGAGUACUACAAGCGACAUUGCGAAGCACUUUGGUCAUAUGAAUGUCCGGGUGCCUGAAGGUCUGAAGGCCGGCCAUUAUAUCAUCCGCGCUGAGAUGGUCGGAUUACAUGAGGGUGACGUGAGCUACGUGCAAAACCCAAAGAGAGGCGCACAGUUCUAUCCCGACUGCGUUCAGAUACUGGUCGAAGGCGAUGGCGAGGUUGAGUUACCCGAGGGUGUAAGCUUUCCAGGAGCGUACUCUUACGAGGAUCCUGGUGUCGUACACAACGUGAGGCCCCGUCUAUCCAAGCUCUGA